AUGCCUCAAUACGAAGGACAAUGCCACUGCGGCCAAAUCGCCUGGACCGCCGAAAUCCCCGAGGAGAAGCACAUCCUCUGCCACUGCGGCGCAUGCAAGCUCAUGGGCGGUGGUGAAUUCACGCUCAAUCAGAUCAUCCCCAAGGACAACUUCAAGUUGACCAAGGGCGACUUGAAGGUCUACACCUACAAGGGCGAUUCUGGCAACAACACCGAUUGCUUCAUGUGCCCCAACUGCGCGAGCAGCCCGUAUCACCACCAACACGUCAUGGGUAAAGUCUUCCAUCUCCUUUUCCUCCCUAGCAAUGUCAUUUUCAACUGUACUAAUACAAAUACAAUACUAGGCGAGGACAAGAUUGUCAUCCGCACGGGUCUGCUGAAGGGGACUGAGAAAUGGGGCAAGCCAGCCGCCGAGAUCUACGACAAGGAUCGCGCCAGCUGGCUUCCUCAGACUGGUGAAAACAGUUUCCCAACUGUUCCUCCUUCAUAA